AUGCUUUCAAGGGCCAAACCUGCUGUAGGCGGGGACCUACCGCACACUGACAAAAGAAAGAAGAAAGGUAGGAAGAUUCCGAAACUAGAGGAGCUACUUUCACAAAGAGAUUUCACUGGAGCUAUUACCCUAUUGGAGUUCAAACGUCAUGUUGGGGAACAAGAAGCAGAUACUAAUCUGUGGAUUGGAUACUGUGCUUUUCACCUGGGUGACUACAAGAGAGCUUUGGAGGAAUAUGAAAAUGCGACAAAAGAGGAAAAUUGCAAUCCUGAAGUCUGGGUGAACCUAGCCUGUACCUACUUUUUUCUCGGGAUGUAUAAACAAGCUGAAGCCGCUGGAUUUAAAGCUCCAAAAAGCCGACUUCAAAACCGCCUCCUCUUCCACUUGGCUCAUAAGUUUAAUGAUGAGAAGAAGUUGAUGAACUUUCAUCAGAAUCUUCAGGAUAUCACAGAAGAUCAACUCAGUUUGGCCUCAAUCCACUAUAUGCGAUCUCACUACCAAGAAGCUAUUGAUAUUUAUAAGCGAAUACUCCUAGAUAACAGGGAAUACCUUGCCCUCAAUGUAUAUGUGGCCCUAUGUUACUACAAGUUGGAUUACUAUGAUGUGUCUCAAGAAGUUCUGGCAGUUUACCUUCAGCAAAUUCCUGAUAGCACCAUCGCACUCAAUCUUAAGGCCUGUAAUCAUUUUCGCCUUUACAACGGCAAAGCAGCUGAGGCAGAACUCAAAAGCUUGAUGGACAACGCUUCUUCUUCCUUUGAAUUUGCUAAAGAACUCAUCAGGCACAAUCUGGUUGUUUUCCGAGGAGGUGAAGGGGCUUUGCAGGUUUUGCCUCCCCUGGUUGAUGUCAUUCCUGAAGCUCGGUUAAACUUAGUGAUUUACUACCUUCGUCAAGAUGAUGUACAAGAAGCUUAUAACUUAAUUAAGGAUCUGGAACCUACUACUCCUCAGGAGUAUAUCCUCAAAGGAGUAGUCAAUGCGGCCCUUGGCCAGGAAAUGGGUUCGAGGGACCAUAUGAAAAUUGCCCAGCAGUUCUUCCAGCUGGUGGGAGGGUCAGCGAGUGAGUGUGAUACAAUACCUGGGAGGCAGUGUAUGGCUUCCUGUUUCUUUCUGCUUAAGCAAUUUGAUGAUGUCUUGAUAUACCUCAACUCAUUUAAGAGUUACUUCUACAAUGAUGACAUCUUUAACUUUAAUUAUGCCCAAGCCAAAGCUGCAACAGGCAAUACCAGUGAGGGUGAAGAGGUUUUCCUUUUAAUCCAAAGUGAGAAGAUGAAAAAUGAUUACAUUUACCUCAGUUGGUUAGCUCGGUGCUAUAUCAUGAACAAGAAACCAAGACUAGCCUGGGAACUUUAUCUCAAGAUGGAAACCUCUGGCGAGUCCUUUAGCCUCUUACAGCUCAUUGCUAAUGACUGCUACAAGAUGGGCCAGUUCUACUAUUCAGCCAAAGCUUUUGAUGUCUUAGAGAGACUGGAUCCCAACCCUGAAUAUUGGGAAGGCAAGAGGGGUGCCUGUGUGGGCAUUUUCCAGAUGAUCUUAGCUGGAAGAGAACCCAAAGAGACCCUUCGAGAAGUGCUCCAUUUACUGAGAAGCACAGGUAACACCCAAGUGGAGUACAUCAUCCGGAUCAUGAAGAAAUGGGCCAAAGAAAACAGAGUGCCUGUCUAAAAUAGCUCCAGAGUCCUCGGGAACCAGUCAGCACUUUGAUGUGAAAUUGGAAAUCAUUUUCCUCAAGUUUAAUGUAAGAUGCAGGGCUCUGUUCUUGGACAUUUCCUUCCUUGCCCUUCGAGCCUCAAGAUCAGUGACUGACUUGCUUAGAACUAGCCUCCUGGCUGAACUAAGUGCCAUAGUCCACACUGUGGCUCCUGUAUGAUCCGACUAGCAAUAAGACUUUGGACUUGUCUGGUGCCUUUCUUCCAAAAAUACUCAGAGAACUCUUAUGUAAUUUACUGACUUUAAGGAGAAUGGCAUCAUUUUUUUUAAUAUUGGCAUUCCAUGGCAUUUUCCCCUCGCUGCAAUAACAAAUGCCCUUAAUGCUCAAGAGUC